AUGGCUUACACCGCUAAAGUUAUCAAAAACAUGUUUUCAUGCACGAUAUGCUUUGCAAAUUACGGUAAGUCCCCUCUCGUAAUAUACACUGCAAUUGAAUUUUGUUUCAGACGAAGAAGACUUUGCUCCGCUCAGCCAACCGUGCGGACACACUGCUUGUAAACGUUGCUGGUUCAUGAUAGUCAAUGAUGUGCCAGUGAAAAAGUGCUUCACUUGCCGUGGUCCCGUUACACCUGAAAAUGCUCGUCCAAACUAUGCAAUUCUCGACAUGAUCAGGGGCUUCAACGAAAUGGAUGAAACUGUUCAAUGGAAGGCUCAAAACAAAAAUUGGGAGCGUUUGUGCAAGGACUGCAAGAGAGAAUUUCCCAAGAGAGAGUAAGGCCUUACGGACUGUGAAACUGGAAAUGCAUGUGAUUUACAGAUUAUUCACAUGUUUGUGCGAUAUUGAUGCAUUGCUUUGCAAAGGAUGUUUCGACGCUCACGAUAGAAGGAAACAUGCGAAUGAAAAUAAUAUGAUGAGGAAUAAUAACAGAGUGAGUUCAUGCAUACUAACUUUUAUCAAACGGGUUGUAUCCUUUCAGGAAACUUCGGGACGGAUUUAUCCAACUCUUGAGUCGAUUGGAGUUAGCUUGUUGGAUUACGAAGAAGAUGCGGAAUCGAUGAAGGCCCAGCUCAAUAGGGUUUUGCAAGUAAGUGCGGCACAUUCCGUACACUUUUAAUAACAAAGUAUUCAGAACGCGAUAAAAGCAGUGAACAAAAUGUCGAAACAAGUUCCAGCAACUACCAACAGAAGGGAAGAAGCAGAAAAGUUGGCCAAAACCCUGGACGCUUUGUUGGAUCAUUUUACCGAUCAAGCUAGUGCGAUGGAAGCCUUCAAAGAACAAUUGGAUGUUCUGAAUGCAGUUUUGUUGAGAUUGGGUCCGACAGUAAAUCGGCCUGCCCAGGACCAUCUGGAAAACGGUGCGAACGUAGAAGGUCACGCUGGAAACCAUCAGAACGUUGCCGACAACGGAAACGGACCAGCUCCUGUGCUUGAUAUGGAUAAUGAUACGGAUGAGGAGAUGGAUGAGGAUAUGGAUGUUGAUGACAACUUGGCAAAUGAGCCUGCUCCCAUCCCAGUCCCGCCUCAGCUGAAUCCAAUGCAGCUUCCAGUUCACCAUCCAGGAAAUGAGCGUCGUGCUGAAAACAUUCAGAACAUUCCCGUCCCAAACCAACAGCACAUGCAACUACAGUUCAUACCAUUAGCAGCACCGCCAUUUUUCCACGCUGGAAUGAACCUUCCACAUGUAAUGCCAGCAAUGAUGAUUCCCAUCCCAGUCCCCCACCAGCUGGGUCCGAUGCAUCCUCCACUUCAACAUCCGAACAUCAAUGCGCAUGAACACAUUCUUCACAAUCUCAGGCCAAGACUGAAUGGGGCAGCACCGCAAGCCGUUUUUGAUGGAGUGAAUCACCCACAUGUUCAUGUCCUUGCACUCAAUCCGAUGCCAGCGAGAGAAGAUCAGAUGCCACCAGCUCCAGUUAACGUUGGAAACCCCGAAUUCUAUUGGCCGAACUAUCCAUUCCCUCCUAACUGAAAAAUCAGCAUUGUUGUCUGUCAAGAUAGGAACAUGAUGACCAGAUCAUCCCUUAUUGUUUCCUUCUUUCUGCUCUCAUUUUUAAAAAUUCUAUUCCUUUUUUUUCCAAAACUUUAAACUGCUGAAUAAACAUUUUGAACGAUUAUAAAUCCAGUUGAGCAGAGUGAAUGGCCCGUGUGCCAGACAUCGUGUAAGCUUUCACAACGAAAGAUGAUGUUCCGAUUGUCCAAAACAUAUCGGACAAAUCGAAAAAUGCGCUGAGCUGCGAAGAAGACGACUUUGACGAUACGAGAGACGAGACACGCUGCGAAACCACAACGCACGCAUCAUCGAUAUUGUACCCUCAGGCAUCGUUCAUUCUGGUUUGUUUCUUUUUUUGUUUUUUCUGUUUAGUUGCGCUUCAUCGACCAAAAACUUAACAGAUAAAGACGGAAGCACACGCCACUAAUCUGCCAUCCGAAAUUAACUAACUCGGCCCCUGCUCGACAACUAUUUCCCAAUCAGAUUUUCUACCUGCACCGCAACAGCCAGGACAAAGAAAACUUCCAUUUAAAUCUGUACGACUAAACAACGGAAGGAUAUGCCGCAACAACACACGUCAAAGUACGUCGCCAAUAUGCACUCGAUACGCUCGCCGCCUUUUCGACAUUGCCGACGCUAACACUAUGAGGAAAAGCAGAUAAACAGUCAGAGAAUCGGUGAGUCGCUGUUCAUGAAAAAAUGCCUGAGCGUCAUCAUCAUGGUCGUGAGUUUGAAACGGCUCUUUGUCCCUAAUAUUCUAUUUUCUUCAGUUGACCGCAACGAAUCAAUCCUCGACUCAGUUUGCGACACCUUUGGGCCAGAAUUGUUAGUUUUCCUCCUUCCUCUUGUGAAUUGUUUCCUUUGUUUUGCGCUUUAAACCAGAAUAUUUUACAGAACUGGAAACGCGACGGUCUCUUCAUUUUCCGCUCGAGUAUCGCAGUUAUGAAACGCUGUUCGAAUCAGUUGAUCCAUUUGUCGCCGAGGAUUGUUUUGACUCCAUUUGACUUUUCAUUCUGAUUUUAUGGACGGGUCGUUCUCAACAACGAAUUCGGAGACUUUCAACCUAUGCGACUGGUCAAACUUCAGUGUAAAGGCGCCAGAACAGUCGAGGAAAUAAUUGAGUUGUUAUUGACGAGGAGAAAAACAAGAAAAUGUUGGAUACGAACAAGAGACGGCGAUGAAAGCCGCAUAACGGCAGUUCGUUCUGGAAAAACCUUAUUUUUAUAGAAAGUAAUUUUUUCAGAUUCCCAACUCAUCCAGUACAAGAGCCGAAUGAUGACAUAUAUCAAGUGCCCAAUCGCAAAAGAACGAAUAAUAAAAGUAAUAGCAAAAGAAGAACGGAGAGACGUUUCCUCGGAUCUUUUGUUUGUGAGGGAAAAUACUUGAAUACGACCAAUGUAACGCUGAAUCAAUCGGACCAUCGGAGUCAUCGGAGUUAUCGUCGACACGAAUUUUCGAAUUACUAGAAAUGUUAAAAUAAUCUCUGUUUCAGAAACAAUUGAUUAGCGCUGUCUGAUAAAGGCACAUCUUCAUUCAUGUUGGAGGAUUCUGCUGCAAACCUGCCCACUCGACUGACGUCCUCUUCCAACGAAUUGUAUCGCAUCUGGAAUUGCAAAAGAAUGCUCAUUUGAGCCAGUGGCAGUAUCUGUGGUGGUUUUUGCAGUAGAAAAACCAUUCAGUAGCUGUCUCUGCCGCAAAUGAAGGCAAAACAGUUGAUUACGGGAAAGUCUUUAUUGAGUUAUAUUUAUAUUGAAUGCUCGCUAGAACAAUUACGUCUGUUUCAGACUCAAAGUGUCAAACGGUCACGGGUCGAAGACAUUUUUUGAAAAUUGACAUAGACUAUGUACAUAUAUGGCGAGUCGCCAGUAGAACGCUUGUCUAGUCAGUAUACAUAGUAGCCCAACAACUUGUCAAUCUGCACUUCGAACAUCCAGAUUACUGCAAGUGCUUGGUUCUUUGAUCAUUGUGCACAAUCUUUUUCUAAAAUUUCCCAUGGAGGAUUGUUCCCAUAUUUCCUCCAUCCCGCCUAUUCCGCUAAUCGAAUCAAUUUCCUCUAUAUCUUGCUUUCCACUCUUUUUCCGAAUCAUUCGUUUUCGAGAGAUGCGAGCACUUUCCUGUUGUUCACUCUGUUUUCUUCUUCUUCUUCUUUUCACCUCUUUGGCUACCCUGACUUCUGGUCACAAUUGGGUGCCUAUGAAGAUCCAGGUGAUCUCCCAGCACGGACUGCUCAAACCGGAAAUUCAAAUGCAACUUCAAUCAGCUCUCAAAUGGUUCGAACAGGCGAUUUACGUGGAACCUCUUGAAACGAUAUUGACAGUGGCCAUUGUGAAGGAGAAAGUGGAUGACUACAAAGGAAACUUAGAUUCUGUCACCGUACAGACUCCCAACAAAGCGCUCCAAUUGAAGUUCAAUGAUGAGGACGUCGGAUCUUUUCUUGCCAAGGCCGAUCAUACCGUGGUUAUCAUCAAAGGAGACGAUGAAAAAUGUAGUGAUGAUAGCUUCCUAGCGGCAGUUGAACCAAAGUUUGUCAUUUCUGGGGACCGGCCUCACAUGUCGACAAUGGAAUACUGUGAUAAGGGUUAUGAAAAGGACUUCAAUUACUUUGAUCUUUUCCGUCAUGAAAUCUUUCAUGGACUGGGUUACGGUACUAUGAAUUCGCCAUUAUUUGGUCGAGAGGAGGCUCCUAAGUCUCAAUAUUAUGAUUGGAGAUUUGAGGAUGGAAAAAUGGAAAUGGCGACAAGAACGUUUUUGAAAUACGGGUCAACAGCUGUGGAAGAAGUGAAAAAGCAUUUCGGAUGUGAUCAACAUUUGGAGGGCGUUGAAGCGGAAUAUAACGGACAUCACCUCAAUGAGUACAUUUUCGGAGUAAGUACGGCAUUUAUAGAAAUGGUAGAAAUGUGUUUGUGUUCAGAAUGAGUUGAUGACACCGGAACUCGAACGAAAGGAAAACUUCUUCAGCCACAUCUCCGCAAAUGUGCUUGAAAACACGUGGACGUCCAAGUGAGUUUUAUACGAAUCUCGGCUAGUUUCUUAAAAUCUGAAAGUUUCCAGACGUUGGUACCAAGUCAACCGCACUUUUAUCCACCCGGAAGCCAGUAAAUACAAUUACGGAAAAGACUUUGGAUGCGAUUUCCUUCUCAAAUCCUGCUUUGAUUUCAUUGCCGCUAAAAAGUCAACAAACAAGUUUUUGUUACCGUUUUGCACUGGAGAAGAGGACGUUAGUUAUCUUUUCUUGAAGAUUCCAUCAGACAAUCAUUUCAUUUUAGAAGUGCGUGCAAUUGGCAAGUGGUGUGUACAAAAUCGAAUGCAAUCCAGGUUCGAAUGCGGGAGUGUAUCUAGCGGAUAACGGCAUUUCCGAACCGGCAAACUCACGUUACCAUAAUGUAAAGUACAGAUUCUGCCCAGUUAUUUCGGUGAUUCGAAUCUUCAAUCGUUCAUUUUCUUAACCGUCUUUUCAUUUCAGUUCUUCAGCUUCUUGUCGGAAUACAAGCUGGUCCCAUGCCCAACAUAA